AAACUUUCAACAAAAUGCCUGAAGAUGAAACUAUGGAUACCGAUAACACUAAAUAUAAAGAUGGUGUUAAUAAGAACGCACGAUUGAUUGUGCGAAACAUAUCUUUCAAAGCUACUGAAGAUUCCUUAAGAGAUCAUUUUUCUUCGUACGGUACCGUAGAGGAGGUUAAAUUGUUAAGAAAACCUGACGGAAAACUUGUUGGCUCUGGUUUUGUUCAUUUUACACAUGUCCCAAUGGCAAAUAAAGCUUUAACAGCUACAAAUAAAAAACCUUUUAUGGGUCGACCAAUAUUUGUCUCAUGGGCAGUUCCAAAACAUAAAUAUGUUCAAGAGGAAAAUAAAGUGCAACAGGAACCCAAGUUAGACAGUACACCAUCACAAGAUUUUGAAGAAGUAAAAAGAGAAAUUCUGAUGCCUGAAGAAGAGGAGAAGCAUAAAAUACAAAGAAUCAACAGAAAUGCCCGUCUUAUUGUACGAAAUAUUUCAUUUAAAGCAACAGAGGAAUCUCUUAAAGAUCAUUUUGAGCCAUAUGGAAUAGUACAAGAAGUAAAAUUGCUUAAAAAACCUGACGGCAAGUUGGUUGGAUGUGCUUUUGUACAUUUUAAAAAUGUUCCCAUGGCAAAAAAGGCAUUAUUGAAUACUAAUAUGAAACCAUUUUUGGGUAGACCAAUCUCAGUGGACUGGGCGGUGGCUAAAGACAAGUAUAUGCAGCAUGUUGUCAGCCAGCAGAUUGAGAUGGAGGAAAAGAUAAAGAAGGAGGAGUCUGACAGUGAGGAAGAUGACCCACCACUCAAUAUAUCUAACGAAGAGUUGAAACAAGAGGUUAAGAGUGAGUCAGAUGAUGGUUCUGAUGACAGUGAUGAUGAAGAUGAGAAGUCUGAUGAAGAAUCGGAAGAGGAUGACGAAGUUGAUGAUGACAAUGAAAGCAAUGAUGAGGAUAUUGAUGAAGAUGAAGAAAUGGAUGAUGAUAAGAGUGUGACCAGUGCAGUAGCUGAGAAAAAACGUAUACAACUGAACGAUGCGGAGGAUGGUCUAACAGUGUUUCUCAGCAAUGUACCGUUCAGUGUGGACGACGAGCAGCUGAGACAGUUUGCUGAACAGACGGGGCCUGUGAAGUACGCACUGAUCUGUGUUGAUAAAUUGACUGAACAUUCUAAAGGCUCUGGAUUUGUCAAAUUUGUUAAUCAAGCUGACGCAGAGAAGUUCCUAUCCCUGCCUGUGGAGCAGCUCCGCCUUGAGGGUCAAGUGGUCCAGGUCAAGCCGGCGCUCAAGAGAGAGAAUCUUCAGAAGGGCAGCAAAAAGCAGCCCAAAGACAACAGGAAUCUUUACCUUGUUAAAGAAGGAGUUGUGGUGGCUGGUACUCGUGCAGCUGUCGGUGUGUCAGCCUCCGACAUGGCCAAGAGGCUCACACUUGAGCGCAGCAAGACCCAGAUGUUGAAGAACUUGAACAGAUUUGUAUCUCGCUACCGUCUGGUAGUAGCCAACUUACCCCAGCAGUGGGACGACGCGCGCUUGCGGCGGGAAUGCGCGCGCGCAGCCGGGAAACACGCGCUCAUAGGAGAAGCUCGCAUUAUGAGAGACCUCAGGGCUCCUGUUGACCGCACUGGGAAACAUCCGUCCAAAGGCUACGGUUUCGUAAUGUUCACUCGACACGAGGACGCUCUCACAUGUCUGAGAAAACUCAACAAUAAUCCAGAUGUCAUAGACAGGAAUAAUCGACCAAUAGUUUCAUUUUCUAUAGAAGAUAGAACAGCUUUAAAUGCAAGGAAGAAGAGAUUAGAAAAGUCUAUAGCAAAUAAUCCAUUAGCUAAGAAAGAGCUAGGCUCUGUAGAAGGCGGUAAGAAUAGAAAGAGAAAAAUGAAAACCGCACCAGAUGAGAGUUACAUGAAGAAAGGGAAAUUCGGAAAGAAAUUCAAAGAUCAAAAUGGCGUAGGAAAAUUCGUAAGGAUGCCAAAAACAGGGGAUGUUGGUGAAUAUACAGGAUUAACUGCUAAAGAAGGAAGUCAGCAUAAAAUGAGAAAUAAUCAUAAACUAAGAGCGCAACAAGAGAUCCAUAGACAAACUGUCAAAGAUGAAAAGAAAAAGAAUAAACGAACAUCGCGUCUUAAAAUGGCGGCCCGCGAAAGAAUAAAGUUGCCAAAACAAAUAGUCAAUAAAAAUAAAACUGCUAGUAGAAGGAAGAAAUUUAAGAAUGUGUAGCUCUUUUUAUGU